GGCACCUGGUGACACUCGUGCGUGUCGUCUCCGUAAGUCUCUAUAUGGUCUUCGGCAGGCUUCUCAGAACUGGUAUCACAAGUUCACGGCUGCCCUAUGUGAACUCCAGUUUAUGUCUUCCCCUGAAGAUCAUUCUCUGUUUAUCUAUCGUCGGGGGAGCAUCUUUGUGAUCACUCUCAUUUAUGUGGAUGAUGUGAUUCUCGCUAGUAACUGCAUGGAUUUCAUCACUUGUGUGAAGACAUUUCUACAUUCGAGGUUUACCAUCAAGGAUCUUGGUCCUCUUCUAUAUUUCCUAAGCAUUGAAGUUGCUAGAUUUGCCGAAGGAAUUGUUCUUAGUCAAUGCAAAUACGCGUUGGACAUUCUUCAGGAUGCUGGGUUACUAGCUGCCGCCCUAGCUCAUAUCCGAUUGAGCAAAAUCUUCAGCUUACUCGUCCUGCUGUGGCUUAUCAUCUGGACCCUUCUAUGUAUCGUCUCCUUGUUGGGCGUCUUCUCUAUUUGACCGUCACAUUCUCGGUCAGUUUGUCCAUGCUCCUACACGAGCACAUAUGGAGGUUGCGCAGCGAAUUCUCCGCUAUUUGAAGAACGCUCCUGGUCAAGGUCUGUUCUUCCCUUCUAAUAAUUCCUUGGAUCUUGUGGCUAACCGUGAGGCUGACUGGGGAGGUUGUCAAUCAACACGUCGUUCUACCACUGGUUAUGUUGUUACUCUUGAUGGGGUCCCUGUUUCAUGGCGCACUAAGAAGCAGCAGGUGGUGGCUCGCUCUUCUACUGAGGCAGAGUACCGUGCUAUGGCUAGCAAGGUCAGCGAGAUUAUAUGGUUACGCUGGUUGCUUGAAGAGCUUGGUGUGUCGCAGUCUUGAUCCACUCCUCUUCACUGUGAUAAUCAAGCUGCUUUGCACAUAGCGGCUAAUCCAGUAUUCAAUGAACGUACCAAACAUGUGGAGAUAGAUUGUUAUUUUGUUCGUGAGCGCGUGCAGUCAGUGCAUAUAUUGCCCCUAAAGAUCAGUUCGCAUCAUCAACUAGCUGAUAUGUUUACUAAUGGGCUUGGCGCAGAGCGGUUCAAUUUCCUUCUCUCCAAGCUGUGCGUUCGUAAUCUUCACGCUCCAGCUUGCGGGGGAGUAUUGGAGACUGCCGAUCAGCCCACUUCAGAGCCCACUGGCGGGUCAGCUCGGCCCAGUCCGGCCACUUUUUGCGCCCACGUACUAUCCAUGUUUGUCCACGCACAUGUAACCUUGUUAAUAAUGAGAAUGAGUAUAAAUCAUGUUGUAAGGC